AUGUCUAAGAACUCAGAGUUCAUCAAUCUCUCAUUUUUAUUAGAUCAUGAGAAGGAAAUGAUAUUAGGAGUUUUAAAGAGAGAUGAAUAUUUGAAGAAAGUGGAGGAAAAGAGAAUAAGGAAGCUGAAAAACGAACUCUUAGAAGCAAAACAUAGAAGUGGGAAGAUUCAACAAGAGACCAGCAGAGUCUGUGUUUACUGUCAGAGAAACCUGGGCUUAAUAUUUGACCGGGGAAACCCAUGCCAGGCCUGCUCACUGAGGGUGUGCAGUGAGUGUCGGGUCUCGGACCUUGAUGGCAGCUGGAAGUGCACUGUCUGUGCCAAAGUCGCGCAGCUGAGAAUUAUAACUGGUGAAUGGUUUUUUGAAGAAAAGGCAAAACGUUUCAAGCAAGUCAAUGUUCUAGGCACUGAUGUUGUCCGGCAGUCCAUCUUAAGAAGAAAUCCAGGAGCUAAAGAAAUACAAAGCCAAGAGAAAAACCACCAGGAUGCAGAAAAGUCAAACACUUCACCUUCUACAGGGCAGAAGGCCAGCCAUGAUGAGUCCAAGGAAAAGGGAUUUCUUCUUAGCAAGUUCAGAUCAGCAGCCAGAGGAGAAAUCAUCAUAACUCCAAACACUGAAAGUGGGUGGAGCUACAGCAUGGACUUAGAUAGCCGAAAUUUUCGGCAUUUGAAAUCAGCCCCCAGUUCAGACAGAAGAAACACUGGUUCAUCAGAUCUUAAUGACAAGGAAGUUGGUCCUGGGACCCUGAAGAGCAGCCAGAGCAGUGGUAUGACCCCAGUCACUCACAGGUCACCAGCCCCAAGCCCAUGCAACAUUACCCCAGUCAUCAGUAGAGAACAUGGUUUUGAAAAUUCUUUGGAUUUGGCUGCCAUUGAAGGCACCUCAGAGGACUUCACAAAGAAUCAUUGCACAAACACUUCUGGCACACCUUCCAUAGCAGUGUCCAGGGCCUCCCUCUCCUCAGACCAGAGUCAAUCUGAGUUAGACUUGAGUGGGUCAUUUAAAGAAGACUUAAAGGAUACUGUAAAUUUAAGAAGCAAGUAUGUCCCUGGGGCUUUAGACAAAGAUUUGGACUCCUCGGAAGAAACUGAAGAAAGUAUUGAUGAUGUAGUGUCCUCCAGGUUUUCUGCAAACACCCACAGCCUAGCAAGUGGCCUGUCAAGAAAUUCUCAAGCUGGCUCUGACAAGAAAUGGACCUACCUAAAUGUGCCUGAUAUUGACUCAGACACUGCCAGCCUUAAUAGCAUGCUGAGUGUUUACAGUGAAACAGGAGACUAUGGCAAUGUGAAGGUCAGUGGUGAAAUCCUUCUCCACAUCAGCUACUGCUACAAAACUGGCGGGCUCCAUAUUUUUGUCAAGAAUUGCAAAAAUCUGGCCAUAGGAGAUGAAAAGAAACAGAGGACAGAUGCUUAUGUCAAGUCAUACCUUCUUCCUGACAAAUCUAGAAAUAAUAAGCGCAAGACUAAAAUCAGAACUGGCAUCAAUCCAGAAUUCAAUGAAACACUAAAAUAUACUAUCAGCCAUACACAACUGGAAACAAGAACACUGCAGCUCUCAGUCUGGCAUUAUGAUCGAUUUGGACAUAACAGCUUCCUUGGGGAGGUGGAGAUUCCUUUUGACUCAUGGAACUUUGAAAAUCCAAGUGAUGAGUGGUUUGUACUUCAGCCCAAGAUGGAAUUAUCUACUGACAUUGGACUUCAAUACAAAGGAGAGCUGACAGUUGUUUUACGAUAUAUUCCCCCAGAUGAAUACCUGAUGUUCCCACCAGGACAACUUCAAGGAAAGAAGACCUUUAAAAGGGGAACGAAGAAACCACCUGUACUCUCUGGAGGAAUACUAGAAGUGCUCAUCAAAGAAGCAAAGAAUUUGACAGUGGUGAAGUCAGGAGGCACUUCAGAUAGCUUUGUGAAGGGCUACCUGCUCCCUGAUGAUAAAAAAGUCACCAAGCACAAAACUCUGGUAAUAAAAAGGAGUGUUAACCCUCAGUGGAAUCAUACUUUCAUGUUCUGUGGCCUGCAUCCCCAGGAUAUAAAGAAUGUUUGCCUAGAACUUACCAUCUGGGACAAGGAGGCCUUUUCUAGCAACAUCUUUCUGGGAGGAGUUCGUUUGAAUUCUGGAAGUGGUGUGAGCCAUGGAAAGACUGUGGAUUGGAUGGACUCACAGGGAGAAGAACAACACCUUUGGCAGAAGAUGGCCGACAAUCCUGGGACUCCUGUAGAGGGUAUACUCAUGCUUCGUUCCAGCAUGGGGAAGCGUCAGCUCUGA